AUUUCAUGGCAAAGGGACCACACCAUUGUAACCGUUAGCUCCUAAAGAUGGCAAAAGACCUGCUCAAAAACUUGUAGCUUGCCGCUGAAGAGGAGCCCAAGAGAUGCACUGAGGUCUUGGCAUCUGGCUCCCUUCGUCCCAUCUCACACAGGAUCCUGCCAGAGCAGUUGGGCAACCUCGGUGCGUGAGUCAUGAGGAAAGAAGCCUGUGCUCAUGUGAACUUGCUGCAAGCACUGCAGCUGGGAUGGGGAUCCUGCAGCUGGAAGUCACAGGUACCAAACCAAAGAUGUCCUGGACAAGAAAGAUUCUACUCAUCCUGGGAUUCCUCUCUACUUUGGCUGCAAUUGCUUUAAUUGCUGUAGCAGUGACCCAAAACAAGCCACUUCCGAAGAACGUUAAGUACGGGAUUGUGCUGGAUGCGGGGUCGUCCCACACUAACCUGUAUGUGUACGAGUGGCCAGCAGAGAAGGAGAACAACACUGGGGUGGUGCAGCAGGUGGAGGUGUGUAAAGUUGAAGGCCCUGGGAUCUCAGGUUACUCCCAUGCCACGGAGAAGGCAGGUCCCUCUCUGGCACAGUGCCUACGACAAGCAGAAGAGGUGAUUCCCUCAAAGCAGCACCAAGAGACACCCAUCUACCUCGGAGCAACUGCCGGCAUGCGGCUUCUCAGCUUGGAGAAUAAAAGUGCAGCUGACAAAGUCAUGUCCUCAGUAGAGAAGACUCUCUGCUCAGCUCCUUUCAACUUCCAGGGUGCCAGGAUCAUCAGUGGUCAGGAAGAAGGAGCCUAUGGAUGGAUCACCAUUAACUACCUGCUGGGCAAUUUCAAGCAGUCUGGCUGGACAAAACUUCUACAUUCACUGAAAUCCAUAAGUGAGACAUCAGGAGCACUAGACCUCGGAGGAGCCUCAACACAGAUUACCUUUGUACCAAAUGAAGUCUAUUCUGAGUCCCCAGAGAACCUGCUCUACUUCCGUCUCUAUGGCAAGGAUUACCUAGUAUACACACAUAGUUUCCUUUGCUAUGGGAAGGACCAGGCUCUGCAGCAGAAACUGGCCAGGGACCUACAGACCAUGGAGAACAGCAGCCUCUUUGAUCCGUGCUUUCACCAGGGGUAUCAGAGGACAAUAAAUAUAAGUGACCUCUUCAAAAACCCUUGUACAUCAGCCAAGAAAAAGCAAUUCCCUUUCAGCCAGCUGUACAUACAGGGAGAAGGGGAUUAUCAAAAGUGCCGAAAAAGCAUCCAGAAGCUCUUUAACAAAACCAAUUGUCCUUACUCUAGUUGCUCCUUCAAUGGGAUAUACCUACCUCCAUUACAAGGGGAUUUUGGGGCUUUUUCUGCUUUCUACUUUGUGAUGAACUUUUUGAACCUGAGCAGUGAACAAAGCCCCGUUCCCCUGGACAAAGUGGCCAGCACCAUUGAGAGCUUCUGUGCCCGGCCUUGGCAUGAGGUGAAGACAGCAUAUCACCAAAUAAAAGAAAAGUACCUAAGCGAAUACUGCUUCUCUGGAGCCUACAUCCUCUCUCUCCUGGAAAAUGGCUAUGAAUUCACUGAAAAGAACUGGCAAAGGAUCCACUUCCUUGGAAAGAUUGGCAGCAGUGAUGCGGGCUGGACCCUGGGCUACAUGCUGAACCUGACCAACAUGAUUUCUGCAGAGGACCCCGCUGUGCCCCCUCUUUCCCACGGCAGUUACGUGGGGCUGAUGGUGCUGUGCUCCCUUGUGCUGGUGUCUGUGCUCCUGUUUGCCUGGCUUCUCUUCCACAAGCCCAAGUGCCUGCAGAAGGGGAUUGUUUAGGAAGAGACCUGGGAGGAGAGGGGCCACAUCACACUGUCUGCUCAGGGCUAGGAGACCCCAGCAGAGCAGCUGUACUGCAGAGCCCCUCUCACCUCUCGCUGAAGCCACUGACUCUGUACAACAAGGGCAUUUAUUUCUUCUGACUCACACUUGCACUGACAGACAUUGGGACAUCAGGCUCACCACCUCUCUCUGCCAAGGACAGACAAGCGGGUGUCCCCUUCUUGAAUGGGUCGUACUUUCAUUCAAUGAAACUUUGCUGCUUGUUGUUUUUUUGCCUUGUGCACAGCAUUAUAAAGAGAAAAGUGGCAGCAAUCUUUGGGAGCCAGUGCUCCUGCAAGGGUAAUCUCAGGGUCACACAUCCCACUGAGCUCUUGGGUGCGAUCACACACAGGGUGAUCCUGUUCCUCCUCUGCUGAAGCUGUUCCCGAGAGCCCUUUCCACACCAGCACACCUCCGCUUGCCUCCCCGCACCCUGAGCCCUCACAGCCCUACAGCCGGGUAUGGCCAUCUGCACCUGGCCAGCCCCUGAAGGCUGGCCAGGCUCCCAAAUGCCACUCUGGGAAAAAAAGGGAUGAGGAUGAAGAAACUGAGUGUGCUGGUGACCAUCAGCCCUUAGCUGGGCUCUGGUGGCUGUCUGCUCCUUUUGCAGGUGGCAAGAAGCCCCUUUCCUGUGUCUUCCUGAUGAUGUUGCUGGACCAAAGCUGGCUCACUGUUACACUGAGCCAUUCCAAUGUCCCUAGGGUAUAUCAAGACAUGAGUUCCCAGCCAGGCAUUGCUGAUUUUUGUAGGAACAGCUCAUACUGGCUGAGGAUCCUUGACCAGCAGUGAGUGCUUAUGCCUACAGGGACUCUGGUGUGAUCAGCAUCCCCAUAGGUAUACACCCACUAAAGCAAUCCAGUGUGACUGUGCUGAUCAUACAGCAGCCUCUGAUCUAGGGAAGAUGUUUGUUAGGUCGUAUUCCUUUAUAAAUAGACAGCUGGCAGCAGUUUUAACCAGCAUGAGCAUGCACAGAUUGAACUACUCUUUCCACCAGCAAAAUCGGUGAAAAUUUGCCUUUCUUUCCUCAUGGCUUAGGCUUAUCCCAUGACCAGAAGACCCAGGGCUUGUGAGUACACAUGCUGCAGCCCAUCUUCUAGCACACAACUAGGGUGAUGCCACUGAUCAGGUCUAUGAAUCACUUCCAUUUUCCAUUCCUUGGUCAAAAAAAAAAAAAAA